AAAAAAAAACCCAGAUAUGUGGUGUAUGUUUGCCUCGGGACCUUAGCGAACUUCUCAGAUCUCCAAUUGAAGGAAAUCGCGGCCGGGCUUGAGGCUUCGGGGCGGGAAUUCGUGUGGGUGGUCAGGAGGGAGAAAAACAGGGGAGGAGGAAUUGACGGCGGCAGCGGCGAUGACAACUGGCUGCCGCCGGGAUUCGAGGAGAGGAUGGAAGGGAAAGGGCUGAUAAUUCGGGGGUGGGCCCCGCAGGCGCUGAUUCUGGACCACUUGGCGGCGAGCGGAUUCGUGACGCACUGCAAGUGGAACUCGACGCUGGAAGGGAUCACGGCGGGGCUGCCGAUGUUGACGUGGCCGGUGACGGCGGAGCAGUUCGACAACGAGAAGCUGCUAACUGAGAUCCUGGGGAUUGGGAUCGCGGUCGAGGCGAAGCAGCUGUACGGGGUGAAGGUGGGGAGCGGAGGGGUGGCAGAUACGAUGGGGCGGAUGAUGGCGGAGGAGGGUGAGGAGGCGGCGGAGAUGAGGAAGGCCGGCGAGCUGGGGAGGAUAGCGAAGAGAGCGGUGGAGGAAGGCGGAUCUUCAUAUGCGAAUGUCGGUGCUUUGAUCGGAGAGCCCUUUCAAUUUGAUAAUUAUAAUAAUUUUUAUUUUAUUUAUUUAUUUUAUGGUAAAAAUGAGUUGGACAUGAAAAUAUAUUAA